CGCCCCCGGCCAUUGAAAACAAAGCUAUCUGCGCGGCUUCCAUUACAGCUUGUGCAAGAUAGCAUUGAGAGACACGGAGCAAGAAAGAAGAGAGAAAGAGAGAGAUCUGCAGAUGGGAUUAACCUCACAAUAGCAAGGUACGAGCCCCGAGCCAGUCCUGCUUGGAGGCGAAGAGACGACAGCAAGCCCAGAGGUUGUAUAAAGAGGUGUUUUUUUUUUUUUUUCCUUGAUAUAUACUAAGCACAGCAGCUGCGCCAUGUUGUUGCUGAAAGGCUGUUAUUAAGGAGCCGAUCCCUAAUAAAAAAACGGAGUUAAUCCCAAAGAUUCAGUGAAAAGGACCCCCUUUGCCUCCUGCAACCAUCGCGUCCUCAUCCUUCGGUGAGAUGGCGGAGCAAACGUUUUCCUGGGCGUAUUCCCUGGUAGACUCCAGCCAGGUCUCCACCUUCCUCAUCUCCAUUCUCCUCAUAGUCUACGGCAGCUUUAGGUCAUUAAACAUGGACUUGGAGAACCAGGACAAGGACAAGGAUGGGAAUGCCAUGUCGCAGGGAACGUUUAAUACCAACGCCAGCAACAACACGGUGUGUUGUGUUCCAGGUAUUCAGACUAUCGACUCGACCCAGGCGCUGUUCCUGCCCAUCGGAGCCUCGGUCUCCCUGCUCGUCAUGUUCUUCUUCUUUGAUUCCGUUCAGGUGGUCUUCACGAUCUGCACGGCAGUUCUCGCAACGAUAGCCUUUGCCUUCCUGCUCCUACCGAUGUGCCAGUAUCUAACAAGACCCUGCUCCCCUCAGAACAAAAUCUCCUUCGGCUGCUGUGGCAGGUUCACUGCCGCAGAGCUGCUCUCCUUCUCCCUGUCUGUGAUGCUGGUCCUCAUCUGGGUGUUGACCGGGCACUGGCUGCUGAUGGACGCUCUGGCCAUGGGCCUAUGUGUCGCCAUGAUCGCCUUCGUCCGGCUGCCAAGCCUAAAGGUCUCCUGCUUGUUGCUGUCUGGCCUGCUGAUCUACGAUGUGUUCUGGGUCUUCUUCUCAGCCUACAUCUUCAGCAGCAACGUGAUGGUGAAAGUGGCCACGCAGCCUGCAGACAACCCCCUGGACGUGCUGUCCCGAAAACUGCACCUGGGGCCCAACGUGGGCCGGGACGUCCCGCGGCUAUCGCUGCCUGGCAAGCUAGUCUUCCCGAGCUCCAGUGGAAGCCACUUCUCCAUGCUGGGGAUCGGAGACAUCGUGAUGCCGGGGCUGCUGCUCUGCUUCGUGCUGCGUUACGACAACUACAAGAAGCAGGCCAACGGGGAGGUGCCCGGCACCCCCAACACCUCGGGGCGCAUGAACAAGGUCUCCUACUUCCACUGCACGCUCAUCGGAUACUUUGUGGGUCUGCUGACGGCAACGGUUGCCUCCCGGAUUCACCGCGCGGCUCAGCCUGCUCUGCUGUACCUCGUUCCCUUCACUCUGCUGCCCCUGCUCACCAUGGCCUACCUGAAGGGGGACCUGCGGCGCAUGUGGUCGGAGCCCUUCCACUCCAAGGCCAGCAGCUCUCGUUUCCUGGAGGUAUGAUGGGGCCCCGCGGCCCGCGAGCCAGCCAGCGUGUGCAUGGACUGGUGCAGAGAAGCAGCUGGGUGCCCAAGGGUUUGUGUCUUGUGGUUUUG